UGACGACAUUGAGAUCAUCAUGGUAUCAUAAAAUAUGUGUUGUUGAGUAUGAUUAGGUAACCUAUCAAAAUUGUUCUAUUUGAAUAUUUGGUGUUGGAACUUAAAGCUCGUCAUUGAGACUGUUAUACACGUUUUUAUACUUUUUGUUGGCAGAAGAUUUGACGGUUGAGAUUUAAAUGAUUGUCUAACGGUAUAUAUCUUGGAAAAAUCAUGGUAACGAAUCUUUUAAUAUGGGAUCUGGUUGCCGUUAUUUUGUUGUUAUUGGUUGUAUCUUCUUUCCACGUGCGGGUGGUUGAUUGAUUGUUUAAAUUCACCUCGUAGUAAAUUUGAUUUAACCUAUAAAAUUAGCAUGACGACAUUGAGAUGGUUAUGGUAUCAUAAUGUCUGUUGUUGAGUAUGGAUUAGGUAACAUAUCAUAAUUGUUCUAUUUGAAUAUUUGGUGGUGAUCUUAAAGCUCGUCAUUUGCAACUGUUAUAUGCGUUUUUUUUACUUUCUAUUGGCAGAGAAUUUGACAGUUGAGCUUUAAAUGAUUGUCUAACGGUAUAUGUCUUGAAAAAAAUAAUGGUAACGAAUUUUUUAAUAUUUGAUGUGGUUGUCGUUAUUUUAUUGUUGUUUGUUGUAUCUUCUUUCCACGUGCGGGUGGGUGGUCGAUUGUUUAAAUUCACCUCAUAGUAAAAUUGCUUUAACCUAAAAAAAUCAGCAUGACGACAUUGAGAUGGUCAUGGUAUUAAUGUCUAUUGUUGCGUAUGGAUUAGGUAACGUAUCAUAAUUGUUCUAUUUGAAUAUUUGGCGGUGAUCUUAAAGCUCGUCAUUGAGACUGUUAUACACGUUUUUUUUACGUUCUGUUGGCAGAGGAUUUGACAGUUGAGCUUUAAAUGAUUGUCUAACGGUAUAUGUAUUGGAAAAAAACAUGGUAACGAAUCUUUUAAUAUGGGAUGUGGUUGUCGUUAUGUUGUUGUUGUUGGUUGUAUCUUCUUUCCACGUGUGGGUGGUUGAUCGAUUGUUUAAAUUCACCUCAUAGUAAAAUGGCUUUAACCUAAAAAAAUCAGCAUGACGACAUUGAGAUGGUCAUGGUAUUAAUGUCUGUUGUUGCGUAUGGAUUAGGUAACGUAUCAUAAUUGUUCUAUUUGAAUAUUUGGCGGUGAUCUUAAAGCUCGUCAUUGAGACUGUUAUACACGUUUUUUUACGUUCUGUUGGCAGAGGAUUUGACAGUUGAGCUUUAAAUGAUUGUCUAACGGUAUAUGUCUUGGAAAAAAACAUGGUAACGAAUCUUUUAAUAUGGGAUGUGGUUGUCGUUAUGUUGUUGUUGUUGGUUGUAUCUUCUUUCCACGUGUGGGUGGUUGAUCGAUUGUUUAAAUUCACCUCGUAGUAAAUUUGAUUUGACCUAAAAAAUUAGCAUGACGACAUUGAGAUGAUCAUGGUAUCAUAAUGUAUGUUGUUGAGUAUGGAUUAGGUAACGUAUCAAAAUUGUUCUAUUUGAAUAUUUGGUGGUGAUCUUAAAGCUCGUCAUUUGCAACUGUUAUAUGCGUUUUUGUACUUCCGUUGGCAGAAGAUUUGAUCGUUGAGCUUUAAAUGAUUGUCUAACGGUAUAUGUCUUGGAAAAAAACACGGUAACAAAUCUUUUAAUAUGGGAUGUGGUUGCCGUUAUUUUGUUGUUGUUGGUUGUAUCCUCUUUCCACGUAUAGGCGGUUGAUCGGUUGUUUAAAGUUCAGAUUCUUUAAGUAAGUUUGCGUGUGGCCGCGUGGCUUGCCUUUUAUUGUUCGAGUGACUUCAUAAAUGUCAGUAAUCAAUUCAAGUUUGAUAAGUCGGAUUUAGGUAACAUGCCAAUUGCCCUAUUCAAAUAUCCACAAGUAAUUCUAAAACAUGCAUUGACAAUGACAUACAUUUUGUAUCUCUUUCCGCAAAAGAUAUCAUAUUCAAGCUUAAACUGGAAAUUUCUAUUUGUAAAAGCACCAGACAAUUGUGCUAAUAAAUAUUUUAAUACGGCAUAGUAUUGUCGAUAUUUUUAGAUGUUAUUGGUUGUAUAUCUUCAUCCUAUGUUUUUAACAUUACUCGAUUUUGAAACAAACGUUAUGAAACCAACAUGUGAAAGGUAAAAGCCGAAAGGCCCAAAUGGAUACACAAAAGACCCUCCUACUUGUUACCGCAGUUCCCAGCCCAAUAGAUUGUUAACAAAAGCUCCCAGCCCAACAAGAGCCCAACAUCAACAAUGAGGAGAUAAGUCUUCAGCAACUGCCAUAAUGGAUGGCAAAAAUAUCCGUAACCGUGGAUAUCCGUCCGAACCCGACCUAAUUGGAUAGGGUAAAACCCGAACCCGAAGGACAUUUAGUGGGUACGGGUAAAAUCCGAACCCGAAUAUUGCGGGUAAUGGGUGGCCAUGAGUUUUUCAGUAUCCAACCCGAACCCGCCCGAUUAUACACAUACAUAUGUAUUUUGUCUAGAAAUAUUCAUUAUUUUUCUCUAACAUAUUUUAUAUUUAGCAUAUAAAUAUAAUAUUUUCAUGAAAUUGUGUUGUUUUAAUUAAUUUUCUUCAUUCUAGUGAAUUAUUGUCAUACUUUUCCUCUUGCGUAAUGUGAGAAUACGUGUGAAUGUUAAUAUAUUAGUUGGAGUUAUGAAGAGAAAUCAUUACACAUGGAUAACCGUGGAUACCCGAAACCCGAACGGGUAUGAGCAUUGUUUUAAUUUUCUACCCGUUUCAUAUGUGGGUACGAGUAUGGGUAAAACUCGAACCUUUUUGGGUAGAGUAACGGAUAUGCACUAUCCUCCCCGACCGACCCAUUGCCAUCCCGGGCAAUAAUGUACGACAGUACGAGUGGAGCGAAAAGAAAAGAAAAGAAAAAGUAAAAUGGAAAAUAUGCCCCAUGUUUUACUCUGUCGUUCCCAAAGCCGAUCCUCUUUCCUCUUCCCUUCCCCAUUUCCCAUUUCCAGUCUGGUGGUUCGGUUGACUGACUCUCUUUCCCACCCUAACCUGCUUCUUCCUCCUCCACCUGCACCACCGGAACCCUAGCUCGCUUCAAAGUCGCUGCCCCUUUCCAUCUCUCAACUCAUCCGUCACCGGGAUGGCGGCAUCGGCUCUCUCACUGUGGAGUCUCUUCUUCGCAGCGCUCGCUCUCCCCGUCGCGUUCGGCAAUUCGGAAGGGGACGCUCUCUACACGCUGCGGAGGAGCUUGUCCGAUCCGGAUAACGUCCUCCAGAGCUGGGAUCCCACCCUCGUCAACCCUUGCACCUGGUUCCACAUCACCUGCAACCAGGAUAACCGCGUUACCCGAGUGGAUUUAGGCAAUUCAAACUUGUCUGGACAUCUAGUGCCUGAACUCGGGAAGCUCGAGCAUUUACAGUACUUGGAGCUGUACAAGAACAACCUGCAUGGGACUAUCCCUGCUGAGCUGGGUAAGUUGAAGAAUCUGAUCAGCUUGGACCUGUACAACAACAACAUUACAGGGACAAUUCCUUCUUCCCUGGGAAAAUUGAAGAGUCUCGUGUUCUUACGCCUUAAUGACAAUCAAUUAACUGGACCAAUUCCAAGGGAGCUUGGUGCUGUUUCUAGCCUUAAAGUAGUUGACGUUUCAAACAAUGACUUGUGUGGAACUAUUCCAACAAAUGGACCAUUCGAGCAUAUUCCAUUGAACAACUUUGAGCACAACCCUCGACUAGAAGGUCCAGAAUUGCUUGGACUUGCAAGCUACGACACAAAUUGCUCGUAAGAAAACCCUGACCGUUCUGGAAUGGCCUUAGCGGACGUGUAAAACUGUAAUAUCUCAGUGUGGGGGAUGGGGGGAGCGCUAGUAACUGCAGCCCCCCUAAUAUUUGUAUGUAUAUCUAAUCGUGUUGCUUAAUGCUUCUUUGUAACCUUACUAUAGCUCCAUUUGCCUAUGUUCCAUCUAUCGUCUUGUCAAGUUGUAUUAAUAGUGGCAGUGAGGAGAGAGAGCUUCACUAUAUAUGUAUGCUGGUUAUGAUCUGUGUGGUUAAUAUAAUGUAAUGUAAUAUGUCGCUGCAAAUUACGAGUAAUCGAAUGCUGUGGUAUUAGUUUCUGCUAAUCUCACACCGAGUUGAAUUGUGCAAUGGUGUUGAACCUUCAAGUAUAUGAAUCUUCUCUUGCUCGCUCUUUUCUUUUGGAUCGCGAUUGAAUGCUGCUCGUGACUAUGAAUAUGUGACACUAGCCAUGUGGCUUAGUCGACUGGCUGCUGAAUCGUAGUAAAAUCGUACCACCUUA